AUGUUGGUUAAGAAACAAAAAUUUGCUUUGGCUUGGUUCCUAAAGCCUGGUGCUGCAUCCAGCAGUAAAAAGGUGGUGGAAACAAGAAUAUGGCUUCCAGGAAAUCCCCAGACAGAUAACUCAAGAAUGACAAUGGCUGUAGUCACCCCCUUUGACUCUCUGCACAUUAAGAUGCGAUUUGUACGCUUCACCAAGCGGACAUCUUGUCGGUCGGUUGGCCCUGGAGCCAAGCCGAUGCGGUCGGAACCAAAGGUCGAUCCUGAAGCUUCUGAUUCAAAGGACUGGAUUAUCGUUUCCCUCUGGGAUCGACACCAUGCUCCGCCUGUUAGCUUGGUUCUGAGUCUUGGCUUGGCAUAG